CCAUUAUGGUAUUCCGACCAGAUUACACUCAGACCAAGGAGCAAAUUUUUGAGUCAGAUAUUAUUCAAGAACUCUGUCAUCUACUAAACACAAAGAAAAGUCGCACCACGAUAUACCAUCCUAUGGGAAAUUCCACGCCUGAGCGAUUUAAUAGAUCACUACUCAACAUGCUAGGAACACUCAAUGCAUCUCAGAAACAAGACUGGAAGAAAUAUGUACCAUCACUAGUAUACGCAUACAAUAGUACACCACAUGAGUCUACAAACGUUUCACCAUUUGAACUCAUGUUUGGUAGAAAACCUAAGCUUCCAAUAGACUCUAUGUUUGAACAAGUGACAGAAGAAGAAGAAACAACAAAAAGUGUAAAUGAAUACAUAGAAGAUUUAAAGAAAAGAAUGACUUCAACAAGAGAAAUAGUUAAAGAAUUCAAUGACAAAGCUAGAGCUAAACAAAAAGAACAGUAUGACAUCAAAGCUAAAGCAGCAAGAAUCAACAUUGGCGAUACAGUCUUGGUUAAAAUUUUAAGAUAUGAAGGGAAGCAUAAAAUAGCUGAUAAAUUUGAAGAAGAAGUCUACGAAGUCAUUGACCAACCAAUACCAGAUGUCCCUGUAUUCAAGUUAAGAUCGAUAAAGUCCAAGAAGGAAAAAACGCUGCACAGAAAUCAUCUACAUCCUGUUAAUUAUAGGAAAAUAACAGAUGAUGCUGACACAGAGGAAUACACACAAGAGAAAGAUAACAACAAUAGAGAGCAAUACAUACCAGAGAAAGAAGAUAAAAAUAGAAUUAUAAGAGGAAAAGAGAAAGAGAGAAAAGAGAAAGCCGACGUCGGAAAUGAUUCGGAGAAUGAAGCAGAGGAAGAAGAAUUUGUAUUACAUACAAAUGAUAGUGGGGACGCCCAUAUUCCUACUGUAAAGCAUGUCUCUGGAGCAAGUGGAGAAAGUGAAACAAGUGGAAUCAGUGGAGCAAGUGAAACAAGUGUAAUCAGUGGAGCAAGUGGAACAAGUGAAAACAAUGAAUCAAGCGAAAAAAGUGUUCAUAGUGAGAACAGUGAACAAAUUGACAUAAAUGAUGACGAAACAGUCGUUAUUGAUGAUGACAUACAAAUGCAUGAAGAAGAUAUUGCUCAUGAGCUUGGACAGGAAGAAUACAUCAAUAUGACAGAUUCAGUGAAUACAAAUAUGGAUACAGGAACAAACAUUGUGGAGACAGAUAAAGCAGAAGGGAUAGAGAAAACAAUAGAGGAGAUGUAUAUAACAACGGAAGACACAGAUAUUACAACAGAAGAGACACAUAUAACAAACACAGAAGAGACACAUGUAACAAACACAGGAGAGACACAUAUAGUAGACACAGGAGAGACACAUGUAGUAGACACAGGAGAGACACAUAUAGUAGACACUGGAGAGACACAUAUAGUAGACACAGGAGAGACACAUGUAAUAGACACAGGAGAGACACAUAUAACAACAGACAACACAGAUGUAACAACAGACGAGACAGAUUUAGUCACAGUACAGACAAAACAAAAUAAAGGUGCAGAAUGUACACCAGAGGUACCUGCAGCACCUAAACCAGCACCAAGAAGGUCUACUAGAGAUAAGAAGCCUCCAUCAAAAUAUGAAGACUACUACAUGAAUGCUGUGGUACCAAGACCAUAUGAUUCUAAAAUACAAGCUGUGGAUGUUUUGAUGAAAUCCGGUAUUUUAAAUCAAGUGGACACAGCCGUUGCUCAUAAACUACUAGAAGCCAUCAUGAAAUGAUUUGAAUUGAAUUGUUGUAUUACUUCAUUGUAUUGAAAUGUUAUAACAUUUAAUUCUGAUUUUAUAUAUUUUAAAAUGAAAACCAUUGUUUUAAUAUAUAUUAAUGUCUUCAUUAUUAAAAAGAGGGGAGGAGAGAUAUAUAAUAGUUAAACAUGAAGCAUGAUUAACUAUAAUAUAAAUAAAUAUACAAACAAAUAAACUUAAAAAGUAUUGAAUGUCACUUAAUAUCUGAUUAUUUCAGAUAUUAAAUGCUAUAUAAUGUUAUGUCAACAAGUUAACAUUAAUGUAAUGAAUGUCACUUAAUAUCUGAUUAUUUUAGAUAUUAAAUGCUUAUGACAAUAAUGUUAUAAUGUAUAUGUAACUAUACAUUUGUAAAAUAGAAAGGUAAUUGUAAUGUAACAAUUAUUGUGUAACACACUGACCGAUUUUUUCGAGAUAAAAACUUUCUUUGUAUGUUUAUUAUUGUUUGUAAAUUUAAAAGAAAGACCAGACUGAAGACUGAAGACAUUUAUGACCAAUGACGGGACGUCAUUUUUUCAGACCAGGGAAGUAUGUAACAGGGUCUUAUUUUUAGGAUCAGGUCUAAGGGACAAUACUCUUGCUUUACUGUUGGAUUUUAUAAUGUAGCAAAGGGAGACAAAUCCGUCGGUCUUGUCUGAUACUUUUCAAGGGAGAUUACUCUAUUGGUUUUAACUGAUUUUAUCUUAUGUUUACAUUGGUCAGUAUUCUAAGAAUUCAAAUGAGUGGUUCACGGAUCGUUGGUUUUAAGCUAUUUUUAUGUCAUGUGAUUUAUUGGUGGGAAAAGUCAUUGUGUCUUUGUUUUGUUGUAAAGGAGAGGUUAGAAAAAUAAGUGUUUGUGGUCAAGUUCUUUAUUUCCUAAGUUGUUAACAGUCACUGGUGUGAUAGUCAGAGAGGUAAUAGUUAGAUUGAUGUACUGCACUCAUCCCUCAGAUGGUAAGUUACAUGUGUGAUGUAUUGUGUAUUGUUUAAAAGGUAAAAUAUGUUAAUUAUGAGUAUAAUUCCAUAAGCUAUGAUAUUAUAUUUAAGGACUGUUGCUGAGUGUAAAGAACUGAAUUGGCCACUAGACAUGUAAUUGAUUAUGUAAGAUAUGAUAAUAAUUAAUGCAUUGUUUCUACUUUAUUUUACUUUAUAUUUACAUAUUGUUAUAUACUUAUUUCAGAGUGUUGUUGGUUUGUACCUUAUGUGAUGUACCAACCUUGAUGUGAUCAGUAUAUAAAGAGGAUAGAACUUUA